CGCCGGGCCCGCGAUAAGCGGGUUAGAUUUCAAUCUGUUCGGUCAGUGGGGAAGGCCUUCCCUAGGAGGUAGCCAGAACAGUGAGCUGUAAACUCCUUGAAGUGCAAGAGGCUGCUUCUGGUACGUGAGCGGCUCUCCCUCGUCUUUGCCUCCUUUACCGCGUCAUCUCACCAAUCCAGAUUGAAAUCAUGGCAGGUCCAGAAACUGAUGCCCAGUACCAAUUCACUGGUAUCAAAAAAUAUUUCAACUCUUACACUCUCACAGGGAGAAUGAAUUGUGUACUGGCCACAUACGGAGGUAUUGCUUUGUUAGUUUUAUACUUUAAGUUAAGAUCUAAAAAAACUCCAGCUGUGAAAGCAACAUAAACGGAUUCUCAACUGUACCUCAUCUGUUAAGUUCCCAUGCCUGAAGAAGCUGUCAACUCAUGUGAUACCCAAUUUGUACAAUAAAUUAUGAACCUGGAAAA